UUUUAUUUUUUUAAAUCAAUAAACUAUGAGUUGCAUGACAAAAUUGACACUCAUUAUAUGUGACAGCCAUCGUCAACACAACACAAGGAAACACUCUGCUUUGGAUCAGCAUGUCCACAACACCCAAGCCUUAUGCCAUCCACACGCGCUCCGAGAUAACCACCAAGUACCAGGUUCUCCACCACCUCGGCUCCGGCGCCUACGCCGACGUAUACGGCGCCCGCCGCCUCUCCGACGGCGCCGCGGUGGCGCUGAAGGAGGUGCACGACUCGCAGUCCGCGUCGCGCGAGAUCGAGGCCCUGCGCCUUCUCAAGGGCUCACCAAACGUCGUCGUCAUGCACGAGUUCUUCUGGCGCGAGGACGAGGACGCCGUUCUCGUCCUCGACUUUCUCCCCACGGACCUCGCCGCGCUCCUCCGAGAAACCGCCGCCGCCGCCGGAGAGGUGAAAAGCUGGAUGAUGCAGAUUCUUGCUGCGGUGGACGCGUGCCACCGGAACUUGAUCGUGCAUAGGGACUUGAAGCCUUCCAAUUUUUUGGUUUCCGAUGAUGGGGUGCUCAAGUUAGCGGAUUUUGGACAGGCAAGAAUAAUUAUGGAGUCUGGAUUUGAUGAUGCUUCCCUGGAGAACCCACCGCCAUAUGAAGAUGAUGAUUCAUAUAGUGAAAGCUCACUCCAAAAUCCCGAAGUCAUUUCCCAAUUAGAGAACAUAAACCAAACUGGAUAUGUAAAUCGGGAUCAGGAUCAGGAUCAUGAAGAGUAUUUCAGAGUUUUGGACGAGAUGAAAACCAAGAUUUGCUCGUAUGACACUGAUAAAGAUACAAACAUCAUGGAUGGAAACACCUCGUGUCUUGCAACGUGCACAACGAGCGACAUAGAUGAUGAUCUCUGCAAGGGUUCUUUUACCUACGAGGCUGAGGAGGUGGUAGGGAAUGAACUUGGUUGUCUCACAUCAUGUGUUGGAACUAGGUUGUUCCGGGCUCCUGAGCUACUGUUUGGAUCCACAAACUAUGGUUUGGAGGUUGAUCUUUGGUCAUUGGGGUGUGUCUUUGCUGAGAUCUUGACCUUGAAGCCAUUGUUUCCUGGGACAAGUGAUAUAGACCAGAUCAGCAGAAUUAUGAGUGUUUUGGGGAACAUCAAUGAGGAGGCUUGGCCUGGUUGUUCCAAACUUCCUGAUUAUGGAACAAUCUCAAUCUCAUUUGGUAAGGUGGAGAACCCUACUGGCGUUGAAGCAUGCAUGCCUAAUUGCACCCCUGAUGAGGUCUCCCUGGUGCGAAGACUUGUUUGUUAUAAUCCAACAAAGAGAGCCACAGCAUUGGAGUUACUUCAGGACAAGUACUUUAGUGAAGAGCCUCUUCCUGUUCCAGUUUCUGAGUUGCGGCUUCCUUUUACUAGGAAUGGACAAGACCAGGAUUCUUCCGGUGGGCACAAUGAAAUGGGUUCUGAUUCUGGUUUGGAAAAGUUUGGCACUAUGAAUAUCAACACAUCUGGUUCUGAUUUAUCUAAUACCCUUCCCUUGAACUAGAUGGAUGUGAUGCACCUUGAAUUCUGUUGUAUUAUUAUGUAAAAAAAAAAAUGAAUUCAAGUUGCAUCAUAUUCUUGGGGACCGAAUUUGUCCUUUGUGUUGUUCGAUUGGUAUUUUAGUUGCUGAAUGUCACCUGUGAAGUCCGCGGUUGGACUUUUUUAAAGGAAUUUUUUUUUGGCAAGAAUUGUGAACAAAGGACAAAUUGUUGAAAAAUGAGCAUGGUAGAAUGUGUUGAUUUACCACGUUAUACUUGGUGUAAAACUGUUGCAAAGUGCCAAAUUUCUGCAACGUGACAGGGACAAGAGAUCCUUACAACCCCCAUGGCCAUCAACGUUCUUUUGGCUUCUGUUUUUUUUCUUUCUGGGAACAAUAUUUUUCCUAUAUUUACAUCUCCAUUCAAAAUUCGAAGGAAAAAGGUUAAAUUAUGGAUCAA